UCUAAAGGUUGCAUAAAAUUUGCUAAACUUAAGGCAUAUUCUCACUUUCUUUUUGCGUUUGAGGCUUAGAAUGGAACAGUAGUUAAAAGAUUACUAAUUUUAUACACUAAAAUAGAAACAGAAUCGGUUAAUGAUCUAAUAGUACGUUGAUUUGAAUGCUUCGUGAAAGACAAUGAGGGCAACUAUGCAUGUCGAGUCAGUCAUGAUCAGCAGGAUGUCCUCAUAACCUUGGAAACAAGCCAUUUAAAGAGAUCAAAUAACCGCGUCGAUAGUAAACGAGUAGUGGGCCGUAGUACUACGAACAAACCGCAAAGCUAUUGCACAGAAUUUCCGACAGAAGUCGUGUAAUAUUCAUCAAAAUCUGAAGAAUUUGGAAGCGAAAGGGUGGGAUGAGUGGUAGGAGAGGUGCUAACGUCAGCAGAAGGUUGUUCGACGAUGCAGUAACAAACGAAGAUUGUGAACAGUUGAACAAUAUUAAUGGCGACGAAGCCAACGAACAGUUUCUUAACCGCAAGCAGGAAGAAUGGAACUUUGAUUUUCGAAACGGUCGUCCUUUACCAGGUCGCUAUGUAUGGCAGCAAGUUGAUAGCAGUUCACGACGUGAACGUAGUUUUACACCAGUAACACCCAGAGCAAGCAACAAUGAAUCAUUAAGAAGUGCAGUACAUACAACAACCACUAGAGAAGGUACAAACAGACCUGCAGACACUCGAAGACAUUCACCGUAUAAUUUAAGAAGUCGAUCAAGAGAAACACAUACGAACGAAAGAGGAUUUUUUCCAAUACGAGGGUAUACAAACAGAGACAGAAGUAGUUCUAGAUCAUCAAAUACAUCAAAUGAAAGACUUGAAGGCGACGUUAGGACAUGACCUAUCCAGUCUUAGACGAUGACCUUUUUAUAUUGUUCUUGCUCGCUUUAUUUAUAAAAAAAACAUAUGGACUCUGGUAUUUUGUUCUGGUUCCCUACAUGCAUGUGUACAUAAUUUAUAAAAUAUAUAUGUGGGACGUUAAAGUGAAGUUACAUAGAGAUGUAUAGGCAAUUGAAGGUAUCUUUAAUAAAUAAUAUAUUGCAUAAAUAAACCUAUUGUCCGAAACGAUCAUCUUUAUAAAGCAUGCAGAUAUAGAAGAUUGCGCCUUUGAAUUUUUCUGCGAGGACAGUUACCGAUAACAAUCAAAUAUGGUUUGGUUACUUUACUAACUGUGGUUUUUAAUUGAACAAAUGAUUUUUAUAUGUAACUUUUCUCUGAAAUACUUUACUUGGAUAGCGUUCCUUGUGUGAGGCUUUCCGGACUUGUUCGAACUUGUCAUAAUAAAUCUUAAACAGCUGAGUACACAAAUGCAGGAGAUUUAUAAAAGUUUCGAUAUCAAUCAACGUUGAUC